CUUAGCUCACGUGCGUAAGUUGACUUUGAGGUAAUAAGUGAAAAUAUUAUCUUUUCUUGACCAAUUUUUUUAUUUUUUUAGGGUGAUUUUGGACUUGGAACAAUGGCAAGCGAACGACGUAAGGCUUUGGAUGUUAAGAAACUUAUUGAGGGCGAGUUUGAAGUUAAAUUUAUUGAAGGCUAUAAUUUAUUUCAUGUUAAAUUUUAUGGUCCUGAUGAUACUCUGUAUAAAAAUGGUGUUUGGAAAAUUCAAGUUCAAUUGCCUGCGAAUUAUCCACGUAACCCACCAGCAAUAAAUUUUUUGAAUCGCAUUUAUCAUCCAAAUAUUGAUGCAUUAUUUGGAACAAUAUGUUUGGAUCUGUUGAAUGAACAUUGGUGUGCCAAAUAUAAUUUGAAUAAUGUCUUUGAUCAUUUUUUGCCAUCUCUUCUACUUCAACCAAAUCCUACCGACGCACUUAAUAAGAAAGCAGCUGAUUUAUAUCUUCACCAACCGGAGAACUAUUUGAAAAGAGUGGCUAGUUAUAUUGAUCUUUACGCCACUGAAGAGAUAUUAAGCAAAUUCGUUCCAAAGGAGCCUACUGAAAGUGAUAUCAGUGAUGACGAAGGGCCAUUGGAAGGUUAUCCUGAGAAGUCAGAAACUGAUGGAAAUGAUGAGAAUGCUGUGAAAAACUUUCCUGAAACACUUGAAACAAUAAAGGCAAUAUGUAUGGAAAUUGAGCAAAGUACUAGUAAGGCUAGUUCUGAUGUUAAUUGCGAUCAGAAAUAGUAGCAAAGAGAUUCUGAAAAAUGUGUUAGUUAAAUCAAAUUCCAAAUCAGAAAUACGAAUAUUAUUUAAAAUCUUAAAUACUUCU